AGAAAAUAUUCAAAAAGGACAGAGAGACGCAAUGAUGGCUGGAGUCAUUGAAACUACACGCUUACGCAGGUGAAGAGCGCACGUACAGUCAAUAUGGGCAAGGUGCAUGAGCAACACUAUGAUCAUCUCAGGCGCAUGGAGUAAAAUUAGAAGCACCCAAAAAUCAUCCUAUUAGGCGGCACCAAUUUUUUUCUUCACCACAAAUUUCUAGUGGUUCUUUACGAAAUCUACAGAGGAGGUGGUCUCGUUGUUUCUAAUCCAUUAAAUGGACAUAUGCUGAGAAGUUGUACCUAUUGAGCUUUUUCUACACGAAAUAUUUGUGAAUACAGUUCCAACAAAUUUCCAAGAAAGACUACUGAUAUAUAAUCUAAAAAUGAGGCGACGAAGGAGCCAAACGCAAUCUGCUCAACAUCGUCAAGCGAUGAGAAACCGACCAGAUGUCUCACUGAACAAGUUGGGCCGAUUAGGCCUAGGCCUUCAACUGCUUUCCUCUUUCAAUUACGGCUUCAGGUAAUCCAUCUCCAGAAGCAUCUUGGGACCCUCCUCUAAUGGAAAAGGAAGCCCAGGGUGACUUUUAAGAUGGAGGCCUGGAAGGUCUAACUCAACAACCUAUCCGUCCAAGGCCACAAGCUUGCGCACAAUAGUCCAGUCGCAGCACAGUCGCAGCAUCGCGGCGCUACUAGCGGAAGCGCGACCUCAUCAAAGCUGCCAACAACAUCGGAAAUCAAGAGCGCCACGAAGAAAAACAUCCAAAGCAAAAAGUUGAAAUCAAAAGCAACGUCGUUGGCGUUUAGCGCUGCUGGUAGCCGUCCUUCCUCUCCAUCGGGUUCCUCUUCAUCAGGUUCAGGAAGUGGCUUUCUCCCACCUAGGGGGCACGAUUUUCUUGAACACAGUUCGCAAAAUAGCAACUCAAAAGCUUCUAAAAGUAGUGGUAGCACAACUUCAACCUCAUCGUCCAGUAAAAAGAUCACUUCUUCUAGAAGUACUAGUAGUAGUACCAAGAGCAGUAUUUUUAGUAAAGCAGCAGGAACAAGUCCUGCUGCUUUAUUUACCUCAUCUUCCGACGAGGAAUCGAGAAAAAGUUCUUGGUCCCCGUUUAUGCCUAGAGGGCGAAAAAGGGAAGUCGUCACGAAAGCAGUCCGUCGUAGCAGCAAGAUUCUAGUUCCAAGUCUCAUAGAAGACAAGUUAUGGCCGCUCGUUGAAAAUCAUCAUCAAUUCAAAAAGGUGACUAUCAUCAGACUCGGCCGUCAAGGCAUGUCUGACCAGUCCAUGUAACUACUAUCUGACCAGAACAUGUAAAAACUAAGACUAACAGUCUGACCCUUCUAGGUCUAACCAAAGCUGGAUUUAGCCCUUUGCCUUCCCUCGCCGACAGUUUUAGGAAGGAGCCGUCAAUAACUGUGGAAAGCACAGCUGCUCGUAGUAUCGGACUACCUCAUCGAGCUGCAACAAUCGUAGAGCGUAGUGGCACUACCGUUGUAGCAAACAAAAAAGGCGAUGCAAGAACUUCAAAAUCCAAGAUCCAACUAGAUGGACAUGGAGGUGGUUUGAUUGAGAAGCAUUCCUCAAUGUCGACAGCGGAACAAGGGUCGCAGCAGGCAGAAAUACACGCGCAGGAGGAAAUGGACGAUGCUGGUCAUCGCACAAUCAACGUUUCUUCGCCUAGUUUUGUGAACAAACGUAGAACGAAUCUCGAAAAGAUGGAAACGCAGAAGAAGGUGGGAAAGAAGGCGGAUGGUACUGUUGUGAAGUUUUAGAUGCAUACUAGUGCUGUCUUUGAGUAAAAGAAAAAUAUUGACAUGUUGAAAAGCAAAAGAAAGUUUCAUCUUCUUCAUUCAGUAUUGAUUCCUGAUGAAAAAGGCUUCCCUGCUGCUACUUCAUUUUCAGUAUUGAUUCCUGAUUAAAAAGGCUUCCCUGCCGCUACUUCAUUUUCAGUAUUGAUUCCUGAUGAAAAUGGCUUCCCUAUUGCUUGCUGCUACUUCAUUCUGGGUCUCAUUCACAGGUGACGCCGCUGCCCAGGAAGAUCUAGAUGGUGAUGCGGACUUGAGUCUUCGUAUGCGCAACGGGCGUGUGUGUACUGCCUUUUCUCAAUUUGGCCGUCGUGGCCCAUGCGCUGAGAACAGUUUUCAUGGUCCAAGCCGGGGAGACCUCGGGACGAUGGAUAAUGUUACGGUACUAUUUUUAGUGGUUUGGAGGAGAUCUAGGGACGAUGGAUAAUGUUACGGUACUAUCAGUGGUUUUUUUGAUUUUGGGUAAUAUAGUAACAAGCAGGUCUCCAAAUACCAAUGUGAAGAGGAUUGCCUUGCAGCUGGUGACUGUAACGCUUUUGCUUUGGAUUUGCGAGCUUACCACCAUGAUGGCACCAUCAUGAACCAGAAUGCUAUGUGCUGCACGUUAUACUCAAACUGCACAGCGGGCGCGGAUGAUGCUGGAGCAUACAACAACUCGCAUGCGUUCUUCAAUUUGUUGGGUACUGAAGCUAUAUUUGGAAUGUGAAUGUGAUAGAUCUCAUGAUCAUUUUGUUACUCAAGUCACCUCCUCGGUUGUUCUUGUUGACCUUACCUAGGUCACCCAUCAUCCUCGGAGGCGAGCAUGUGCCUGUGGAGCUCGCUGAGAAGGAUCCACAACCUAACCUAACCUUACUAGGAUGUACAUGGGACCACAACUACGAAGAAGAUACAUUUGAUUUCUUAUGGACGAAUAGGUGUUCGCCUCAAGAACGCGACGUUCCGUGACGAUCCAGCUGGGUCAGUUUCAGCUUCGGGAGGAAAUGCUGAUGAUGCCAAGGAAUUGGCGAGAAUGCCAGGAACAGUUGCAUGGAAACAUGAUACUGGUACUUUUUUUUUCACUUAGUUGCAUGGAAACAACAGGAACAAUCGACAGACCACCAACAAUCCAACAACAAGCUAGACUAGCGGGUAGAACUCGUCUGGGAAAUCUUAGGCAGCUCGCCGAAUAGAUUCAAUUCAUCAGUUGCAUGGAAACAAGAUACGGGUAGAGUGAAUUCUUUCUCUCUUCAUAGUUGCAUGGAAACACUGGUGGUUUUAGUGUUCGGCGCGAUCGCAUCGCCCUACUCGGUAGCACAAGUUGACCUGUAAUUUAACCUUCGUGUGCACAAUAAGUGAUUCAUGAAAUUCUAGAUGGUGAAAUCAAGUUAAACGGAACAUUUUCCCAACCACCUCUUCUUUAUUCUAGAUGGUGAAAUCCAGUUACACUCAACAUUUUCCCUCCCACCUCUUCCUUUCAGCUGUCUACCAAGGGGCCACCAGUUCGUUCAAUUCGACACCGUAUUGGCGCCAGAUGUUUACUGUGCCUAAAUACCAAGUUAUUCGUCGCAUCCGAUUGUAUAACUUGAAUGCCACCGACUUGGCUUCGUUUGGCGACUUCUUGGAUUCCGAUGGUGUGGAGCUUAUUCUUCUCACUGGUCCUGACGAAUCUGACGGUGCGCCCAAGGAAGAAGUCGUGUGGCCAGUGGUGGGCCGCAGAGCUGGUGGCGUCUCCGCCAACGGAACCGAUAUUCUACUCCAGCCAGCGAGACAAGCACGGGGACUCGAGUUGCGAGCCAAGACGUCGAAAUUGGCUCUCGGUGGUGUGGCGGUGGAUGUGGUAUUUAUCCAUUUCGGGAGUUAUCUUUUGUUCUUGUUGCCCUAGUGGUUUUUUUUACAACUUAAAGCAACUAUAACCGGCUAGUUUGCCCUCAUUAUUUUCAUUCUAGGUUAGUCCCUCCAAUCAAUGAAACAGUCAAUCGAAUCAAGAACGAUUAUAUAGAUGUCCUUUCAAUGUCAUCUAAGGUUCACCCCACUGAUCGCAUUCUACAACCUACAAGUACUUCUUCUUCAGCAGAACGAUAUGUCCUUUCAAUGUCGUGUUUUCCUCUUACCAAUAUGCACUUCCUCUUCAACAAUAUUUAACAACACAAAAAAAAACCACCCAAGUACUUAGGUAAACAUCGACGGCGUCUCCUUAUCUGCUCGAGAAGAGUUUGAGCGGGUUGGACGCGGACUUCAGAGCGGACACUACGAGAACCUUCAGCAAGAGGUGUCCUCGUUGAUCACGCGCAUGCACACUUUUUACAAGGGAAUGCUGGGAAGGUAAGAGUAGGUAUGAGGUUAUGAGUUUCCUUAUAUACUAGGAGACUAGUUGUACUAUAAGUUGAUGGUCAAUGAAGAUUUUUAUGGAGACACUAGUUGUAUAAGUUGAUUGUCAAUGAAGAUUUUUAUGGAGACGCAUCUAUCACUAGAAGCUUAAACUACAAAUUUGAAGAAAAUGAAAAUAUUGAUGACCACCAUUCAGAGUAACGAAAAAGCAAAGACUGAGAAUCAACGAACAAUAUCAAUAGGAAAUUCCAUCUUCUAGCAAUCGAUUUAUCAGUUUCGGUUUCUCUUUCACCUCAAUGAUAAUCACUAUUUUACUUCAUCAACACUGAAAAAUAAACCAUGAACAAUGAUGCCCACACCCUAACCAAGGGUCCACCUAACCAAGAGCGACCAGAAAUGUCAGCUCAGAUCGUGUCUUGAAAAUGGACUCUUCUACCAUUGUACAGGAAAGAUGAUGAUAUGACACGAAUAGUAGAUUCGAGGUAGAUGAGAAGUUCAGUUAUUUUGAAGAAUAUGCAAAUUGAAAUUUUCAGUACUACAAGUUUCACUAUUAAACAGGAAUUUAUCUUCAGUAGAUAUUAAUAUAAACAAAAAACUACUCUUUCUUCAUCAUAUCAAGAAAAUGUUCUGUGUCCACCUACUAUCAUCUUGUACAGAAUGACUACAUGAGAAUUGAUGACCUAAAGGACACAACAGCACAAUUAUAGCCCUAAAGAAUCGACCUAGCAUGGAGGAAUGUGGAAAUACGGAGGCCGCAAUUUUCCGGAUCUGUCUAUCUUUCUUUGACGAAAGAACCACAUAAUCCUCCGAAGAAUUAGAUGCGAUGUACAAACUUCAUCUGUACCACACAGUUAUAAUCGUCAACGAAGUACUGUCAGGUGCUCUACCUGUACUCCACACCACGCAUGAUUUCAGCGAUGAAACUACUUUUGUGGUAGCACCACAGG